CUAUUUGCACAAGGAGACGAAAGAGAUUCUGGAGCAGCUUUAAGGUUAUUCAGUAAGCUACGUGUUUCAGCCCUGGAGGUACUGGACAGAAUGGCGACAGGCGCUGGCGAGUGUCCGAGCAAGGCCGUUCAGUACCGGGUAGAUCACCUCCUCAGUGCGGUGGAGAGUGAGCUGCAGGCCGGGAGCGAGAAGGGUGACCCCACGGAGAGGGAGCUGAAAGUGUCCUUGGAUGAGAGCGAGCUGUGGCAAAAGUUUAAAAACCUCACAAAUGAAAUGAUAGUUACAAAGAAUGGCAGGCGCAUGUUUCCGGUGCUGAAAGUGAGCGUGUCUGGACUGGACCCGAACGCCAUGUAUUCCUUUUUGCUGGAUUUCGCGUCUGCAGACAACCACAGGUGGAAAUACGUCAACGGAGAGUGGGUGCCUGGUGGCAAACCCGAACCUCAAACUCCCAGCUGUGUGUACAUCCACCCAGACUCCCCAAACUUCGGCGCGCACUGGAUGAAGGCUCCCGUCUCGUUUAGUAAAGUCAAACUCACAAAUAAGCUCAACGGAGGAGGUCAGAUCAUGUUAAAUUCUUUGCACAAGUAUGAGCCACGCAUUCAUAUAGUUCGGGUUGGAGGCCCACGGAGGAUGAUCACCAGCCACUCUUUCCCAGAGACACAGUUUAUUGCAGUAACGGCGUACCAAAAUGAAGAGAUAACUGCCCUGAAAAUAAAGUACAACCCUUUUGCCAAGGCCUUUCUAGACGCAAAGGAGAGGACUGAUAAUAAAGACAUACGAGAAGAUGCCAGUGAAAACCAGCAAUCUGGUUACUCUCAGUUGGGUAGCUGGUUUAUUCCAGGGACAGCUCCUCUCUGCCCUUCAGCCAGUCCUCACAGCCAGUUCGGGAGUCCAAUCUCCCUCUCGCCAUCCCAUGGUUGCGAGCGCUACUCCACUCUGAGGAACCACCGCUCUGCCCCUUACUCCAGCCCGUAUACCCAUCGGACCAACUCACCCACCAGUUUCUCAGACAACUCUUCAACCUGUCUGUCGAUGCUUUCAAGCCAUGAUAACUGGUCCAGUCUUCAGAUGCCAACACACUCGAGCAUGAUUCCCAUGGCCCAUAACUCCACCUCUGGUACCAGUUCUAGUCAGUACACCAGCCUGUGGUCUGUGAGCAACUCGUCACUCACUCCAGUGUCCCAGAAUGGGGGGAUAAACAACUGUCUGAGCUCCCAGUUUCUUCGAGGGUCCAGCAGCCACUAUCCCACCCUGUCUCAUUCAGCAACAGUGCCCUCCUCUGGCUCUCCCAUGUACGACAACAGUACGGCCACAGAAGUGCACGAUACGGCUCAGUAUGACCUCUCGCCACUUGGCCGACUGCCAUCCGCCUGGACCCCAGUUACGCCUCCGUCCCUGUGAUGAAAAAUUCUCUUCAAGCUGAGAGAAAAAGAGAGAGAUCGCCAUGAAACCUCAUGCUUUACCUGAUGUUGGUUUGAAAGGUGAAAUUAGUUCUCAAAAACAUGAUUUGGUCCUUUAAACGUCACUGAUAAUAUUCGGUCAGUUUCUAAGACAUUUAAACUGGUGCUAAUGAAAAGCAGCAAAGGCUUAAAUUCAGCCUUCGGAGGACAACUGAAAUAGCUGGGGGGAUUUUCUUUUGGUUUACUUUUGCUUGAAUUCAUUCAAAGUAUUUAUUCAAAAAAGCAGGAAUUUUAAAAUGUUA